AAAAGAGGAAGGGAUCUCCAACCGGAGCAGUUGUGGGAUGUUCCGAGACUUUGGUUGUCGUUAGCUUUAGCUUCGAGAGGACACGCGUAGCCUCUCGUCGGUUCCUCCCGGGCGCUCGGCGGCAACAAGCUACUCAUGGCGUGGACGUGCUUGACGCCUUGCCUCGUCACCUUCUUCGUCUUGGGAAUCGCGUCGGCCCACGUGGCGCCGCCAAGCGAUGUGAUUCUGCACUGCGGCAACCUGGUCAACAAGGUGGCCUGGCGCUACGACAACCCGCCCGCGGGACUGCGAUACCGGGUGGACUUCGGCAAGGUGUUCAACUCCCAGGGUGACGUCGGUCCGCUGUGGGUGUACCCACCCGACCUCCAGGCGGACUUGUCCUUCCUGUCGGACCAGAGGGAGGACUACUUCCUGGCGGUCACCGCCGUCCUCGGGGAGGAGGAGUCGGAGGCGGCUCCCGCCGAUGGCAUCACCUUCAGCUACUACAGGGACUCCCCCGCCACUCAGAAAUGUUCUUUGGACCUCCCCCCUGCAACCGUGUCGGACCAGCAGGAUAACUCGGUCCUGAUCAGCUUCCAGCAUCCGUGGCUCAAGUACUGGCAUGGGAGGAAGAGGAGACAUGAGAAGCUUGACAACCCUCUGCCCGUCUUCAAAUACGACGUCAUCCUCGACAAAAAGCAGUUUGCCGACCUGCGCUGCACGGAGAAAACGUGCGAGCGCACGCUGCCCGUGGACGCCGGCCAGGAGAAACACUGCGCCGCCAUCAGAGGCGAGCUGGAGAGUAUCAGCGUUCACGGCACGCAGGACUACUGCGCGCUGCCCGUGCAGGGAAACAAACACGUCAUCAUCGCUGUGGUGGUGUCGCUGUUGGUCCUGGCUGUGGUCUCUACCGUCCUCCUCCUGGUCUGCCUGAAAAAGACCAAAUCCUCAUCCAAUUUGCCGCCCUCACUGGCCUCAAAGCGCUUCGAAAGAACCAUCGAGGAGGCGAGGCCCGACACGUCCCUGCCGGUUUCUAACUCGUCCGCGCCGCUGAUGGUGGUGGGGACGUCGCCCGUGUCAACUGACGAUUCGGAACCACUCAGAGAGCCGGAACCGUCCGUAGGAGGCGACGCGGACGAUGCGGGCGACACGGUGGAGGAAGUGCAGCAGGGGUACAUGGGCGGCGAGCAAAUGCAGGAAGACGAGGACACGGCCACCUCAGAGGAGAACGCGUACGAGAGACGCCAGGUCAUCGUCAGCCUGUCGCCCGACGAGGACGUUGAGGGCUAUCGUGGCUGAAGGUCUGACUUUUCUUCAAAGGGCGUGGCUUAGAUCUUUGUACCUUAGCACAGCAUGGGUUGUUAGUAUAAAAAAGUCAUCACUGCUUGAACCCCCC